GGCCCAGUUCCCCGCGCUCUCCCGGCGAGUUCCCUGAACCUUAGGAAGGCCGAGUGGCCGCCCAGGAGAAUUAGAGCUGCUAAAUAUAGACAAAUCUGCAACCUGGUGACUUGAACAACCGACUGCUGAGGCUGCUGGUGCCAGGCCCUGAACUUGGCACUGUGUGGGGUGGGGAGGCGGCUGAAGAUCCCAGGUGGCAUGGAUUUGCCUGUGGAAGAGUGGAAGUCCUACAUACUCAGGAAGUGGUCUUUGCUUCCAGCGUCCGUUCGGGUCACAAUUUCUAUAGCAGAGACUCUGAGUGACGUCUUCCUUCAGUGUUCUCCACUUCUUCAGCCUGAGGACGAGCUGUUUUUACAAAGACUUUCUAGAGGUCUCUUGGUGGGAAAGGACCCCAAAGCUUCCAUUUUCUACAAAGAAGAAGGAAAUAAAAAAUUUCAGGAGAAGGACUAUAUGGGAGCAGCUGUGUUGUACACUAAGGGAGUGUCACACGCAGCACCCAACACUGAGGACAUCUCCCUGUGUUACGCCAAUCGCUCUGUGACCCUUUUCCACCUGGGUCACUAUGAAACAUGUCUCGAAGACAUCAUCAGAGCACAGAGGCAUGGGUACCCAGAGAGAUUGCAACCCAAGAUGAUGUUCCGGAAGGCAGAGUGCCUGGUGGCCCUGGGGAGGCUGCAGGAAGCACACCAGACCAUCAGUAAUCUUGAAAAUAUUUUCAGUGCCAAACCAACACUAGCAGUUUCCCACUCUCAGAUUCUACAAAGAAAACUGCCUCAUCUAAAAACAAAGCUAGCAGGAAGGGGGAAUCUCUCAGAAACCUUCCCAGCAUCUCUCACCAAAGCUUUGAAGGAUAUGGACCUAAAGGAAGAGAAUGAGCAAAUUCCCGGUGUAUCGUCCUCUGUCACCUUAUGUGCAGACCCUUUGAAAGGCCGCUAUCUGAUUGCCACAAAGGAUAUUCUCCCAGGAGAGCUCCUGGUGAAGGAGGAUGCUUUUGUGAGUGCCCUUAGCCCGGGAGAAAUGUCACAGCUUCACCCUGGCCCAGAGAGCAAGUGGGACACCAAAGUUACCCACAGGGAUCUCCACUGCCACCAGUGUCUGAAGCACACUUUGGCCAUGGUUCCCUGUGAUGAGUGCAGCUACGCCAAGUAUUGCAGCCAGGAGUGCCGACAGCAGGCGUGGGAGCUCUACCACAGUGUGGAGUGUCCCCAGGGGGCGCUGCUGCUCACACUGGGGAUCUUCUGCCAAGUCGCCCUUAGAGCAACUCUUUUAGCUAGGUUUGAAAAUGUUGAGGAAAUCUUACGGAAGCUUGGUCGUGAGAUCCGGAACAAGGACGUCUGUCUGCCAGAAAGCAAGAAUUAUGGCAGGGAGGAGAAUGAGGAAAAUGAUCAAAGAGUUGAGACCCCAAUUCCCGGAUGUGACAUUCAUGGGAAAUAUGAGAAAAAUUACAGCACUGUCUUCAGCCUUUUGCCCCAUACUGAAAACCAUAGCCCAGAGCACAAGUUCCUCUGUGCUCUGAGCAUAGCUGCACUGUGCAAGCGGCUAGAAGCAGCCAGACCCUGGGCCCUCGUACCAGGUCAGAAGGCCUCCCCGGCAAAGGCAGCAGCAGCUCCUGGGUUGCCUGCAGAGGUGAACGUUUGGGGAGUGCUGAUGCUGCGGCACGUGUUGCAGCUCCAGUGCAAUGCCCAGGCCAUAACCACCAUACAGCAGACAGGAUCUAACGACAGCAACAUUACCGAAAGCAGGCAGGUCCGCCUGGCCACGGCCCUCUUCCCUGCUGUCAGCCUCCUCAACCACUCCUGCUGCCCCAACACCAGCAUCUCCUUCUUUGGCACAGUCGCCACCCUCCGGGCAUCACAGCGGAUUGGCAAAGGACAAGAGGUUCUCCACUGCUAUGAUUCAGGAGGCGCUGUGCUGCGCUGUGGCUCCGCUUCCUGUACGGAAUCGCUCCGCAGGGACCACCUUGUCUCUUGCCUCCAGGACCUUCAGAAGCAGGUUGACGUGGCCCAGGCGCUUCUCAGGAAUGGUCAAUUGGAGCAAGCCGUCCAGCGGUUGUUGGGAAGCCAGCGCGCAGCGGAAGGUUUCCUGUCGGCCGAGCAUGCCCUGGUGGGAGAAAUUGAGGACAGCCUGGCACAGGCCUACGCUGCCUUAGGGGACUGGCAAAAGUCAGCUACCCACCUGCAGAAGAGUCUCCGAGUGGUUGAGGCUCGUCAUGGGCCUUCCAGUAUCGAAAUGGGCCAUGAGCUCUUCAAACUGGCCCAGGUAUUUUUUAAUGGGUUGGCCGCUCCCGAAGCUCUGGACACAAUACGGAGAGCAGAAGCAGUGCUGGGGGUUCAUUGUGGGCCCCGGAGUGAAGAGAUUCAGGAGCUCCAGAAGAUGAAAUCCUGUUUAUUGGACUUGCCGCCCAUCCCUGUGGGGCCUUCAGGAGAGGGUCCCCAGAGCCCUGUGAUGCUCGGGAAAGGAGUCCCCAGAAGCUGAGUUGGAGAGGGUCGAUGCUGUGGGCUGUUGCCAAGAAACACAGUCCUUCAGUGAAAGCCUAGUUUCUGAGGGGAAGGGAAGGGCGGGCUCGGCACUUCAGUAGGGAAGGCAUCCUCACGUCUUUUGAUGAAUGUUUCUUGAAAUAGUUCACUGCCCUCCACGAAGCACUCCCCGUGUCCAGGAAUCAGUUAGAACCUGUAUCUGGAAAGUGCAGGCCCCUUAAAGGACUGGAGCCGGACUACAGGCAUCAAGGUGUGAGCCUGGGGUUUGGGCUCGAUUCCACCUCACUGAAGCAUGGUGGUCCUUCCUCCUGGAACAUGCCGGUGGAGUGUAGUCAUCAUGAAAUGCGGUGUACCACUCUAGAGGGAACUUAAACUCUUGGUCGUUGUGUUGUAAUUGAAAAAUACUUAUCAAGCAAGAAAUCAGUGAGGCGCCCUACCUCUGGAGCCGCGGCGUCGUUUCACAUAUCACAUAUGGUAUUCCUCUUCCCUGGCCCCUCGGUUAAAGCUGGUGGAGAUGAGGUCCGCUGGUUGCUGGGCACUUUCUCCCAGGGCUGGCAGCUCAGAAUUUGCUUUGUACCAGUUUUCCUGCCCGUGUGACCCGGCUGUCCCUCUGUGAGAUGCUCAUAAAGUCAAGCUUGUGGAGGAGUGACUGAGCGUGCACGUGCUGCAGCCUGAAGAGAGGCCUUGCUUCUCUAGCCAACCUCCCCACGGCAGCAAACGAACAGAGCCCUCGUUGUACUGCGGGGGGCGGGACGGGGGACAACCGGCGGAUUUGCUGCGGGAGCGGGCGGUGUGCUUUGUGAUUUCAGGUUUAUGAGCCAAGAUUGUGAGCCCCCUUCCACCUAGAUGCGCAGGGACAGUCCAGACCCUGUGCCAAUCUAGGGAGCACAAGGGCUCGGGUAGAAGAACUCUUGCCUUCCAGGCGGGCAGAGGCACUGCAGUCCCUGGCCAGUGCCCCUCAAAGCAGAGCCGUCACCUGCCUGCUGCCGGCUAUGAUGUUGAUCCGUGGAGCUUCCAGACGAGGACUAGGAGGAAAGGCCUAGUGGGAGCCCUGGUGGUCACAGUGCUCCCAUCUCAUUGUACAAGAAGUCACCAUCCCAGGCCAGCAACAAUGAGAUCUCUAAGACCUUGGCCACUCAACCGCAGGGGCUUUUGGAUCUGAACCCGGCUUGCUGAAUCCCUACUUGGGACCACGUGGUUCAGAUGAGCCGGCAGAAAAGAAUGCCUGCCCAGCUUUGAGAGCCGGCCAGCCCCGGCCGUGCCCUAGAAGUGCCAGCGGGUUGCCAUGGCGUCACACCCAGGAAAAGAAUACCCCGACCAUGCUUGGCAGCCGCUCUUCAGGGAGCCAAGGGCUCGGAGUGCAGCUCUCAAAUACUUGCUGGAUGAAAGGCAGGGUUUCAUUUCUUCUUCUUUCCACUCACUUGCCAGGGUGGUGGUUGGGUUUUGUUAAUAGUUUACUGAUUCAUUGUGGCCAGGAAGUACCCAGUGGGAUUCUUUUGCUAGAGCUCCCUUUUUCAAGACAGAGGGGGAAAAACUUAGUUCUGUGAACAAAUCUAUGGCAGCUCUGUUCCAAACCCUUGGCAUGCUGUCAUGUUUCCCCCGAAAAAGGCUUUGUGGUAAUUGGCAAAACAGGCAUACUUCCUUAAAAAGGACGUCUUCAGAGUGUUUACAUAAAGGUCUUGCUUAAUUCAUGAUGGAGAACUUUCUGUUAAAGGCUUUAAGAAACAAUUACUUCCGAGAGUUAACAAAUUACAUCUCUUUCCUGUC